ACUGUUGGUCAAGACAAAACCACUAUUGAAUCAGUGUCUCUUCCAAGAGCUCCAGCAUCUCCUGAUCAUAAUGGUGAAACUGAGGAAAAAUCGGUUGGGCUCGCAAAUGGUAAUGCGACAGCUGCCAGCAUCAAUGUGUCUGAUGUGCCUCAGCCCCAUCAAGAGGAUGAUGGCCAACCCGAGGUUGAUAAGGACCAUGGAAACAGUGAAAACGACGCCGAUUCAGAAAAAAAAGCUGCCGGAACACACAAAACAUCAAAAACUGGUAACGGAAGUACUUCACAGAAAGAAAAGGACGCAAAGAAGGAGGGAGAAAGUCAUAAGGAACCAAAGCAAAAACACCAGGCAUCAGAGAAACGUGAAGGUGCAAUGAAUGACUUAAAGCCAGAAGACCAAAAGAAUGCAAACACCAAAGAAAACCAACUUGACGAAAAUAUCAAAUCUGAUAUAAAGAAAAACAGUGGCCAUGACACAAGUUCUGUUGGGGAUGUCAUGGGGAAUAGUAAAAAAGAAGACAAUGAAAAGGAAUAUUUUCCCGGUUACAAGGGAAAGAGAAUGACUGUUGUUUUUCAUGCUGUACUUGCACCUCAUUUUAAAUUUGAAGAGAGUCAAGGUGACAGACUCUGUAUGAGGUUUGGUGAACCUGCUCUUGGAGACUUUAAGAAAGAUGUUGUUGAAGUGUUUCCACAAAGAUAUCUUGAUGAUGGUUUUAUCCUGGUGAAAGCCGAGCUCUCGGUACCACACAUUUUUCUAGCUCGUAAAAUUCCCUACAAAUAUGUUGUAUUCAAAGAAAAACGAAAAGAUUUAAAGGAGAAAGAGAAGCCUUUGUGGGAACAGUUACCUAACUUGGGAACUAUGACGAACCGAUGUCUUCAUAUUCCGCAGGACAGAUGUCGUGAGGGAGCGUUCUGGCACCAAUAUGAUGACACUAUUUUCAGUUCACGAAGUUGGUGGCAAAGUAUUCGUAGCAAGCUGCCAAUUUUAAAGGGCAUGGAUCCCACUGAGGGAAGGAACAUAGCAACUCGAGUCAUGUUGCCUAAGUGGGAGGGUUUUACGGUGGAUGACGUGGAGGAGAAUAUUACUGCUUGGGAAGCUAUUCAGACAGUCAAUGAUAUAGCUUACUGCUACACUCAAACCGAGGCUAUGGAAAAGAGCCGCACAACAAAAAAAAAUGUUCCACAUCGUUAUGAUUUUCAACAGAUUCUGAAAGAAUUUUUCAAAACGAGGAUCGAGACAAAUGAUGUUCCUCAAUCAGAUUCAGACGACAAGAAAACGUUUCAUCCGUUGGUGUCAUCCGUUGCUAUUGCUUAUAUCAUUUAUACACAUAAAGUGUAUCUUAAUCCUCAACAAUACGGAAAGCUGUUCGCCUCUUUGAUUCUACACCCAGACCCUACAGGGAAAAGGUGUACAGGAUUGGAAAAGAUUCUUAAAGAAUUUCCCGCAGAUCAGUUGCAAAGCCUUGGUGAAGCCAUUCAGGCCAUUUGCAAACAUGUCGCCAAGAAUCACCGUGACCAUCAUGAAUGGCUCUUCGCCGUACCGUUGGUUCACUUUCUGACCCAAGUAUCCCAGCCUUUCAGCGGUUCUGUGUUACUUAUGGAGGAACCAAAGGAAAAAGACGACACUUGGGUGUGA